AUGGUCAAAAGGAUCGCGGUAGUCUUUCUAUUAUCUAACGCGAACCUCGGUAACGCAAUCCAGACGUUUCUGGGUUUUUGUAGUGAACGCUUAAGGGUGCUGAUGCCGCUAAAGGGAUCCCUUGCUCAGAAACGCCCGAACGCGUCCAGUUUGCAUUACCGAUGUCCGAGAACAGUUUCCUUCGACACCUUUUCCCCUUCGAGCGCAAGUCGUUUCGGGUCGGGCGCGCAUUAAAACAACCCGCAGUCGUUCCAUAUGCAACCACGUUUUCUUUUUUUUUUAGCCAACGGUCAAGAAUGAAAUUUCAGAAUGAAGGCGCUGUGUCUUCUACUUUUCAUCGCGGCCAAUGAGGCGACGCGUCUUCCGAUCGGUAUGUCUUCUUAUCCUUUUUAAACUUUUAAAAACUUUGAAAGGUUAAAAAGAAGGUCGAAAAUUCAAAUUUUUUUUAGAGGGAGUCGGUCACACCAAUCAAAUGGAUUCGCAGGAUAUCAUAAGAAGAGAUUCUCCUGCUCCAUUGGUAUUUUUCAUUUUGAAAAAUAAUUACAAUUUGAAAUUCAAGGAAAAAGAAGAAGGUCACGCCCGAGUCGAGCGAAUGAUUGUUAGAGGCAAAAGAGACGCGGUAAGCUUCAAAAUUUAAUUUCGAUUCGAAAUUCGGAUUUACAGCAAAUCAACCACCGAAUUGAGCGCAACACAGGAAAAGUCUCUCAAAUGGACCCCGUAGAUGGAGUCCCACUAAUUCCACAGGCUUCUCCCAUGCAAGCCCCGUUUAUUGGCAGAAAGAAGAGAGAAGUAGAGGUCAGAUUUUCAACUCAGAAGGUUUCUGCAAAUAAAUUUUUCAGCCGAUCAACCACCGAAUCGAGCGCGACACGGAAAAAGUCUCGCAAACGGAGCCGGUUGAUGGAACUCUACUUGUUGAACAAGAGGUUAGCUUUUGAUUUUAAAAGAUUUUUCAAAAUCCUGAUUUUUAGCCAAUCACCCAUCGAAUCAAGCGAACUGGAAAAGGCCGGAAGAGAAGAGCAACCAUUGAAACUCCAGUCGCAGAACCUGUGGUCGCCGUCCCAGCCGUCAGAGUCAAUCCAGGAGUGGAGCCUAGCGGUGAACCAUUCAAAGAAUCCAUCGGAGGAAUGGGUCACAGACAGAAAAGACAGGCUACCCCAUCGGAUGUUGGUCUCGGUUCUUCAUUGAAAGGCAAAAGAGACACGGAAGCUGUUCGACAAAUGAGCUCAAAUGGAGAAAUGAAUGGAGCAAGAAGUCCACGAGAUUUCGCCGAGAAGAAAGGCGGAAUGGGUCAAAGAGUGAAAAGACAAUUGAUGCUCACACCCUCUGAUAUCGGUCUUGGUGCUUCUCUGAAGGGAAAGAGAGACACGGAAGCCGUCAGAAUUGUUGAGACGAUUAGCCCGAAUGGAGAAAGAGGUGGAUUCACCGAAAGAGAGAAGAGAGGAUGGUUCCUCAACGCCAACUCGUUCAGAAGAGGCAGCAGAGACAUCGAUCGUCGUAUGGAACUUCGAGACUCGCGAUUGCCAGAACGACAUGGACGCGAAGCUGCACCGGCGAAGAAAACUGAAGACAAACUGGAGAUAACGGAAGUUCGACGACAGGAAAGGACAAUCAUCCCUUCAGCGAUCGCUUCUCCUGUAAAUGCUCCCCACACUCCUUACCAGCCAGCCGUCAAGGGAAAACGUGAAGCGGAGUCUCUUUCUGAAGACAAUACCGAAAAAAUGGUCCUUCACCGGGAAGAUCGCUCAACCGAAGGCAUUUUGCCUGUAGGAGCAGGUCUUGGACGGAAGAAGCGUGAAGCCGAAGUGAAGCACACCGAGUUGAAGGCCAAAACUACCGAAGUUCGCCCGAAAAGGACGCUUGCACCUGAUGCGGAUCAAGUCACGUCCAGCUCCUCGACUCAGACCGAAAAAGUAGUCAGUCUUCCUGAAGCUGACCCUCUGGCCGUCAGUAAGACGUCUCUUCACGCCGAGAAGACGUUCGAUCGUGCCGACCGCAGUAUCAGCGCAGAAGACUUGGGACUUGGCCGAGGUCAGUACGCUCCCGUCGGACUUGCUGCUGCUACGCCUUACGGAGGAGCCUAUGGAGCUGGGCUGGCACCUGCUGUGAUCGGGAAGAAGUAGUGAGUAGCAAGGAGAAACUGAUAAGGUGAGGCCUAUUACCUUUUUCAAUUAAUCUAAGAGUUAGGUUUUUUAGAAAAGCUGAGAUCUUCAAAGAAGCUGAAAAAUUUUGAAAAGUUAGGCAUUUCUUUCACUGUUAGAGGAACAAAAAACUUCAAAAACUUCUGAAUCUCCGCUUUUAGCACAUUAUUUUGGCAAUCGGGUUAAGACCCUCAAAAAAUAUUCUAUCAAACAAACGGUUUUUUAAAAGCUUGUUUUCACAGAAAACUUUGUUUAAAAACAAAAUAAACAUUUUCAGAUCAAUCUUCACUUCCACAAUCGCUCUUUCAUGUGAACGGCUCUACCAUCUUCACAUCCCACUAUGUACAAAUUAUUCUUAUUUUUUUUUAUGUGUCAUUUUUGUAAAUAACUGUACAAGACUUGAAACAAAGCAAAAAACAAAGCAUUGAUUUUUUGUUUGUUAUUUAUGAUUGCGAUAAAUUUUCUACUUUCUAAAUUUUCUAUCACUUACAGAAACAAGAAACCGUGAAUAAAAUUCAAUAAAAAUUCAGUGGCAAAUCACAUUUUCAUGUUUUUUUCCCGUUGCUCAACUCAUCAGAUCGAAAAAGAUUCGAGUUUUCAAAAAAACAAAAAAAGGUGAUAGGGAAGAUCAAGCCACAAAUUGCGGUAGCAGGUUUGGAUUCAAGUCUCGAUUUUUAUUUUUCAUUCAUAGUCAAUAGUUUAGGGCUCAUGAUACAAAAAAAUUAAAUUUUCAAAAAUAUCUAAAUAUGAAGACAGAUCCGCUUGUAAAAGUUUUCAUAUCCGCGUCUUUCAAAGUGAGUAUUGUGUUCCGUGGGCAGGAACUGCGAUUUUGGGAUGUAUCCGAGUCCAUACAUCACAAAAAAUAUUCUGGAAUCUACAAUUUCGAUGCUCCAGAUCUAUCUAUUAGCUUUGAUAAAAGCUUCAUAAACCAAAAAAGGAUCUAUUAUGAAGAUUUUCUUCUUUUCCUAGAAUCAGGACUCUUAAAGUACAAGAAAUGUUUCAUUAAAUAUUCAUCGGGGGCAACAAACUUCCUAGUAAGUAAUUCUUUCUGAUUUUUGGAAAAAUUUUCUAACUCUACCUACAAGUUCAAAAUCUUCAAAUCAUUGGAAAACUGGAGGUGAAAAUUACAUAACCAGCUAACGACAGUUGCGAAAAAUUCCGAAAAACGAAAUUUGACCUUGCCAACUUUGGAGAGAUACAAAUCAAGAUAAAGCCUGUCCCACUAGAUUUUCAACUUUUUGAGCUGUUUUCUCAAGUAUAAUUUUCAAAUCUUCAAAAAAGAACCAACGAGGAAGUGAUACUUCUUCAUAGAUGAAAUUUAUAAAUACAAUUUAAUAAAUACAGUCCAAUGAAAAAACACUGUCUGUCGCGUUUGAACAUGUUUACGGGAAACAUCACUUACGAUUCGGCGAAGGGCCGGCAACUCCAGUCUGUUUCAACGAAAAAGCGAAGGGCAGGUCCGGAUGACCAAACAGCCUGGCCAACAAACAUCAAGGCGUUGUUUACGAGGAACUCCCAGAGAGUCGGAAGGUCACCAAACAGAUUUAAGCGAGAAGACGUGCGUAUCGGCGAGAAAUAGAACUGUUUCUGCUUUCGAACCGGCUUCAAAUGAGGUGAUAUUGAACUGGAAGUCUGUUCAGUGACAAACAGACUCAGGGUCAAAAACAGAGUCGCUGGGGUAUAAAAGGAUUUUGAGAAACCAUGUGUUCAGACCAGCCUUUUCAUUCUUCAUCUAUUACUUACUUUUUAUUUUCCGGCUACUUACUCACAAUUCGUUUUCAGGAUGAAGAUCGUGUGUCUCCUCCUCCUCGUUGCUGCUGUUCAUCAGUCUCUCCAGUUUCCCCUAGGUUUGUUACCAAAACAUCAUAAACUCUAUUCCAUUAUUUCAUUUUUAAGAAGAGGGAAACGCCCGUAGACUACAAGUCGAGACCAAGCAUGAACAACAUGCCGAAGUCAAACGUCCGGCUCGAGGAGCAGAAAUGAAGACCGAGGAGCAGAGAAGCCACACCGAAGUCAAACGUCCAGCUCGUGAAGCUCAACACAUGGCGGAGCAGCAGAAUGAUCAUGCUCAAGCUAAGCGACCAGCUCGUGCGGCGGAAACCAAGACCGAAGAUCACAGAAGCCACGCCGAGGUUAAGCGCCCAGCUCGUGAAGCUCAGCAAAUGUCGGAGCAACAGAACAGUAACGCCGGAGCCAAGCGACCAGCUAGAGCCGCUGAGCAGAUGCAUGAGCAGCAGAACAACCGAGCUGAAGCCAAGCGUCCAGCUCGAGGAGCAGAAAUUAAGACCGAAGAAAGAAGUCACGCCGAAGUGAAGAGACCAGCUCGUGAAGCUCAACGAAUGAACGAGCAGCAUAAUGGCCAUGCCGAGGCCAAGAGACCAGCACGAGGAGCCGAAACCAAGAAUGGUCAACAAAAUAACGCUGAAGCCAGGCGCCCAGCUCGUGCUGCUGAACCAACUCAUCAGCAACAGAACAGUGGAGCCGCAGCCAAGAGACCAGCCCGUGAAGCUCAACAAAUGAACGAACAGCAGAGUGGUCAUGCCGAGGCAAAGCGUCCAGCCCGUGCUGCUGAACCAAACAAUCAGCAGCAGAACAGCGGAGCCGCAGCCAAGAGACCAACUCGUGGAGCCGAAACCAAGACCGAAGAACACAGAAGCCACACCGAAGUCAAGAGACCAGCCCGUGAAGCUCAGCAAAUGAAUGAGCAGCAGAAUGGCCAUGCCGAAGCAAAGCGUCCAGCUCGUGCUGCUGAACCAAAUCAUCAGCAGCAGAACAGCGGAGCCGCAGCCAAGAGACCAGCUCGUGGAGCCGAAGUUAAGACCGAAGAAAGAAGUCACGCCGAAGUCAAGAGACCAGCCCGUGAAGCUCAACAAGCGUCGGACAACAAUAACGCCGGAGCCAAGCGUCCAGCUCGUGCUGCUGAAUCAAACCAUCAGCAGCAGAACAGCGGAGCCGCAGCCAAGAGACCAGCUCGUGGUGCCGAAAUCAAGACCGAAGAACACAGAAGCCACACCGAAGUUAAGAGACCAGCUCGUGAAGCUCAACAGAUGAAUGAGCAGCAGACUGGCCAUGCCGAAGCCAAGCGUCCAGCCCGUGCCGCUGAACCAAAUCAUCAGCAGCAGAAUAGCGAAGCCGCAGCAAAACGACCAGCUCGUGGUGCCGAAGUUAAGACCGAAGAAAGAAGUCACGCCGAAGUCAAGAGACCAGCCCGUGAAGCUCAACAAAUGAAUGAGCAGCAUGGGCAUGCCGAAGCCAAGCGACCAGCUAGAGCUGCGGAAACCAAAACCGAAGAACACCGAAGACACACCGAAGUCAAGAGACCAGCUCGUGAAGCUCAACAGAUGAAUGAGCAGCAGACUGGCCAUGCCGAAGCCAAGCGUCCAGCCCGUGCCGCUGAACCAAAUCAUCAGCAGCAGAAUAGCGAAGCCGCAGCAAAACGACCAGCUCGUGGUGCCGAAGUUAAGACCGAAGAAAGAAGUCACGCCGAAGUCAAGAGACCAGCCCGUGAAGCUCAACAAAUGAAUGAGCAGCAUGGGCAUGCCGAAAGCCAAGCGACCAGCUAGAGCUGCGGAAACCAAAACCGAAGAACACCGAAGCCACACCGAAGUCAAGAGACCAGCUCGUGAAGCUCAACAGAUGAAUGAGCAGCAGACUGGCCAUGCCGAAGCCAAGCGUCCAGCCCGUGCCGCUGAACCAAAUCAUCAGCAGCAGAAUAGCGAAGCCGCAGCAAAACGACCAGCUCGUGGUGCCGAAGUUAAGACCGAAGAAAGAAGUCACGCCGAAGUCAAGAGACCAGCCCGUGAAGCUCAACAAAUGAAUGAGCAGCAUGGGCAUGCCGAAGCCAAGCGACCAGCUAGAGCUGCGGAAACCAAAACCGAAGAACACCGAAGCCACACCGAAGUCAAGAGACCAGCUCGUGAAGCUCAACAGAUGAAUGAGCAGCAGUCUGGCCACGCCGAAGCCAAGCGACCAGCCAGAGAAGCUGAGAUGCAAACCCAAGAACAGAGAAGCCACACCGAGGUCAAGCGCCCAGCCCGUGGCGCCGAAACCAAGAACGGCCAGCAGAACAGCAACGCCGAAGCUUCGCGUCCUAAGCGCCAAAUCGGAGGUCAAGUCGGUGGCGGUGCCAACGUUGGCGGCCGCAAGAAGAGAGAAUCAGACGCCAACUCUCCACAGAAACCCCAGCAAGCCGGAAUUCGACAGGCGCGCCAAAUCGGCGCCAACGUGGGAGGUGGAGCCCAGAUCGGUGGUCGUUAAGGUAAAUCACAUCUCAAAUAUAAAAUUUUUCAAAUAAUGAUUUUCAGACAGCCGUCGUCAGCGUUCGAUGGUACAUAUUCUCUAAAAAAAAAUGUAAAUUCAUGUCGAAUACUGUAUAAUAAACAUUUUUCACUGCAACAGUUUUUCCUGGACGUUAAAGAAGAAAAGUUGAAAACAGCAAGAACCAGUUGGAAACUGUUAAAAUUAAAGUAAAUAAGAGGGGUUUUCAAACAAGGAACUAGUGUUAUAUCAACAUGUUGUACUUCUGAUCUCUUUUUUUAAGUUUGGAUCAAUUAAAAAAAGUCAUACUUUCGGGUGAAAAUAAUAAAGAUUUUAUUAAAAUGAAAAAUGUCUAAUAAUGAAGCAUCUCAAAGAGAUACUUAUCAAUAGACGUUGAGUAAUCCUCUUUCCAUUUUUUUCUAGAAAAAAAUAAUUUCUAUAUAAAACAGAAAGAGCCUAAAAUUAAAUCUUUGAAAAAACGAAUGGAGUUCAGAUUUUCCGCAAGUCUGCAGAAAUACCAAUAUGAAAAAAUCAACUGGGUGUGAAUUGUAAUUUCAACCCUUUUUUUCAAUCAAAAUGUUUUAUUUCUCACACAAAAGUUCUAAAAUUUAUGAAAUAGAUUUCACUUAAUAUCAAACUUCUCAAAUGACGAUUUUCAGACAGCCGUCGGACUUUUUCAGAAAAAAACUUCAAAGAUAACUUUACAUUCUUACGUAUUGACGUUCUCCAUUCUUCAAUUUUUGAAGAGAAAAUGAAGAGUUAUUUCACAAAAGUGGUACAAGAUAAAAAUUCUCGAAACCAGUCAAAACGCCGUUUUUCAAUUGUUUGCGAACUUGCAAAAAACAUAUGGUUGAUUUUUUGUUGGCGACGUUUUUGAGAAACUUUUUUUCUUUAUUACCUCAAAAAAAUAGGCGAAAAAAAUAAAAAUUUUUUUCUGGAAAAAAAUGACUGCUAAGAACUUCAGAUCUAGUUAAAUUAAACUUCAGAUUAAUUCAGAAAGCUCUGAAGUCCGUCACCGCCAAAAAUUCGACUAUUUCUCUUGAAUUUUCUAUUUCUUGCUAGUUAAACUUAUCUGCUUCAUAUCCUUCAAAGAUAAUUUUUUUAAUAAAAAAAGCCUGGAACACUUCCUUAUGAAAAAAAUGUUUUUCCAAAAACUAGCAAUUCGAAGAUUAAAAAGUUUCCACCCCACCUUGAUGACCAUUUUUCUGCAACGAACGUCCGCAUCAGCGUGUUUUGAAAAGUUUUGGACAGUUUGUGAUGGCGAGAGAAACUAAAAAAGAAGGAGAGCGAAGAGAAAGACGAUGAAGAUGAUGUGACGAUCUCUUAAAUUAUAUAAAUAUACAUAUACUUCCUUAUUGAAGUCAACAUGUUGUCUUUUUUCGACUAUUUAAGGAUUUGGUUGGAAAGGUUCAAACAGUUCUUUCUUAACUUUGACUUUCUUUAAUUUUAUGCAUUUUCUUCCAAACAAGGAAGGUAAUUUAACUUUGCGCAUAAUUAUUCAUUCAAAAUUGGUCAGAACACUCUCUGAUGAACUGGUUGUUUGUUGAAAACUAAAAAAUAAUACAGUUUGAGUUUCAGGAUAAUGAUAGGAUACACUAAAGAGUAUUUUUUAUCGCGUUUCAGUGAGAAUAACAACCGCAAAGUGAACUACCUUCCUCGUGGAAGCAAAAAAUAUCUUUGAGCUAUUCUAUUUGAAACCAGAAUUUUCAGAUGAAAGCUAUCUGUCUUCUUCUGCUCCUCGUCCUUGUAGAAGUGUCCUUCCAACAACGUAAGAAAAAUCGAAAAUUUUCUUCAAAAAGAAGUUUUUUAGUGAACCUGAUUCGCCUACGCCAACAAAUGGGCUUCCCUCGAGGAAAGCGUGAAGCUGAAAUAAUUCGCCACGAAAGAACCAUUGGAUACGGUCCAGUUGUACCAUCACCUGGCGUGAUCAUUAACCGGGCCCGACGAGAAGCCCAGGAAAAUAACGAGAAAAAAGAGUCUCUUCACAGCGGAAUCAGCCGUCUGAUCCGGUCUCCUUUCCGCCGCUGGGGGCCGAUUCAUUAA